GCCUCAUUCAAGUUCAGGACACAGAAUUAUAAAAUAUAAACCACUCUCACACGUUAAAAUAUGUAACCUCGUUGAUACUUUCCAAUCACUGAGUGACAUGUAACUGGUCACGUGCUAAACUGGCAGACCAAACAUCCUAGGCACGGUUCAGGAUCCAGCUCGCUUCAGUUGUAUAAAAGCAUUUGUUCCUUUUACGGUUCUGCAACUGCAAGACUCGUUGCGAAUUGGGUUUGGUUUCAGGUGUUUGUUUGUUCAUUUUGUUUUGUGUUUUGGGGUUUUAAGUAACAAGCUGAAGCAAAACACAGAGCGAAGAAGAUAUGGGAAGGACGCUGGAUGCGUUGCUUAGAAGGAGUUUCAAAACCUCUAAAUUUAAAACCAUCGUUAAACUUGCUGUUUCAAGAGAUGCUAUAAUGAAGAACCAGCGCCAAGCUCGUUAUUCGCAUGCAAAGUCUGAUGUUAUCGAGCUACUUAACCUCGGCCACCAUGAACGAGCUCUUCUUCGUGCUGAGUAUGUGAUUAAAGAGGAGAACAUGCUGGAUGUGCUUGUUAUGAUAGAAAAUUACUGCCACCUGAUGAUCGAAAGAGUCACGCUCUUUCAAAAGAGCAAGGAAUGUCCUGAAGAGCUGAGGGAGGCAGUAUCGAGCUUGAUUUUUGCAUCUUCGAGGUGUGGGGAGUUUCCUGAGUUGAUGAAAAUUCGUGAGAUGUUAACGUUGAGGUUUGGGAAAGAAUUUGCUGCUCGUGCUGUCGAAUUGCGGAACAACUGUGAAGUAAAUCCUAAGAUUGUGCAGAAGUUGUCGGCACGACGGCCUAGCUUAGAAAGCAGACUGAAAGUGCUCAAGGAAAUUUCUGCUCAGAUUGGUGUCACUCUGCACUUGGAAGAAGAUGUUCCUGCCACUGUCAAGGAACAAAAGCAACAGGAGCCUAAUGAAUCAGCUACCUUCGAUGAUGCUAAGCUUGGCGUUGAUACACAAAAUUUGUCUGAGGAUUUGGAACUCGACGAAAAGUUAUCUGGAUCUGUGAAAACCACAAAGAAAUACAGAGAUGUAGCUACAGCUGCUCGAGAUGCUUUUGAAUCAGCUGCUUUUGCGGCUGUGGCUGCAAGGGCUGCCAUUGAACUCUCAAGAUCUGAAUCACAAGACUAUGAUUCAGAUGAUGAUGGUGGUGGUUCCAGUCAUCCACAAGGUAAUGGUUCUGAAUCACCUAAUCUUCAAAGUGACAAAUAUGCAGUCACAGAGGUAGAUGAAGGUUCAAGUGAUAGACUGGACUUCGACAAAGUCCAACCCAUGGACAACCCCGUCUCAGAAUCAGAAGGCGAAGACAUGGCCGAAAACAGUGAUAAGAUUCAUCUCAGAGAAUUGGAAGAAAAUGAAAGGAAUGCAGGGAGAGGAUACAUUAUGAGGAAACAGUAUCCAGAUUCAGAGUCCGAAAAUGACGAGGAAAAUGAAGUAGCUUCAGACGAAGAUGAUAAUGACGAAGUAAACAACGAGGACAAUUUACUAUCGCAAAAACAUGAUGAUUUGGAUUCUAACAGGAAACCUAGCUUGCCCAUGAUUGCAUACGAACAUAUCAGAGACAACAAUGAAGAUGAUGAUCAAUGUCUCUCAGUUGAGGAAAUAGAUGACAACCUUUCUCACCAAUCUCCAAAACUGGAUUCACUGAAAACUCAGGAUGAUCCUACGAUUAAAGCUAUGCAGAGAAGAAAUAGGAUGACAAACGAACAAAGCUUGAAUAUUAGAAAGCAAUUACAUGAACAACAUUCAAGCACAGACUGGACACAAUUUUCAGUGAGGACUAUACGAGCUCAGAAGAUCUGAAAAACAUUUUAGCUUAAUUACUACUAAAUAUUCAAUUUUGCUUAGCCAGAGUUCAUUAGUUAGCUCUAUUACUUCAUUAUUUAGUUUAUUUUUGUAUGCAGCUGUACACCUAGACUCAUGGUUGGAAAUAAAGACAUAUUUUAAGGCUGUCAAUCGUCAUGCUUUGCUCAGUGUGAGGAAAAUGACAGUAAUCUGCUAAUACAUGUAUUGUUCAAGAUCAAAAUAAUCUGACAAC